AGAGAGUUUGAGUUGGUAAAUAAAUGUAUAUUCUGUAGCACUAGCAUUAGUGUGUGUCGACCCUACGUGUGGCCGUGUGUCAUACUCUUUCAUUUCAAUUUGAAUGGAACAUUCCAAAAAUUCAUUGCUCAAACCCUUCCUUAUAAACCCCUCUGUUACACUCUUGCAAAGUGCAAAAGUUCGCCACCAGCGAAACCUCUAUUGUAAACUCUCUUUCGUUGCUUUGUCUCUUGUGAGAAACCGUCAAAGAAACGAUGCGCCAGUUAUCACCCACCUCAACUUUCUGUGAAAGGAAUGAGGGCCACCCAAACGUAUCCAAUCCCCAAUUACAGGAUGAGACCAACAUGUGCACCACUUUGAUCCCCAAAUCCCCAACAUGUCAACACCAUCAUCACCAAACACAAAAUCCCAACAAAACCCAUUUGUCCCUGGCCCUCAUCGAAGCCAAGUGUAUUUCCAACAUAUCAUUCUCCAUGAUCCUAACCGGUCUAUUACUCUACUCUCGCUCCAUGAUUUCCAUGGUUUUCCUCGGCCACCUCGGAGAACUCGCUCUCGCAGGUGGCUCCUUAGCCAUCGGAUUCGCCAACAUCACCGGCUACUCUGUUCUCUCUGGCCUCGCCAUGGGGAUGGAACCCAUCUGCGGUCAGGCCUUCGGAGCCAAAAGGUUCAAACUCCUCGGCCUCACCAUGCAGAGAACCGUGCUCCUUCUUCUCCUCACUUCACUUUUCAUCUCAUUCUUCUGGCUCAACAUCAAGAAACUACUACUCCUAUGUGGCCAGGAAGAAGACAUAGCCAAUGAGGCGCAAUUCUAUAUAUAUUACUCUCUCCCGGAUCUUAUAUUACAAUCGCUGCUGCACCCUCUAAGAAUCUAUCUCCGGAGCCAAUCAAUAACCCUUCCUCUCACGUGCUGCGCCGCUCUCUCCAUUAUCCUCCACGUGCCCAUCAACUACCUCUUUGUCUCCGUCCUCAACCUCGGAAUCGGAGGCAUCGCGUUAAGCGCUGUGGUCACGAACUUCAACCUCGUCGCGUCGUUGGUUAUUUACGUUGUGGUAUCAGGCACGCACAAGAAAACGUGGCCGGGUAUUUCCCGGUCCUGCUUCAAGGGGUGGAAAAGGCUCUUGAAUCUCGCGAUUCCGAGUUGCGUUUCGGUUUGUCUGGAAUGGUGGUGGUACGAGAUAAUGAUUUUACUGUGCGGGUUGUUAGUGAACCCUCAUGCAAGUGUGGCCUCCAUGGGGGUUUUGAUUCAAACCACGGCUUUGAUAUACAUUUUUCCGUCGUCUCUAAGUUUUGGAGUGUCGACGCGUGUUGGAAACGAGUUGGGUGCGGGGAAUCCUGCGAGGGCGAAAAUUGCGGCGCUCGUGGGCCUCUGUUUCAGUUUCGUGUUGGGGUUCUCUGCUUUGGCGUUCGCGAUUUCGGUGAGGAAGGUCUGGGCCACGAUGUUCACGGGGGAUGGAGAAAUCCUUGCUUUGACGUCGAUGGUGUUGCCCAUCAUUGGGCUUUGCGAGCUCGGAAACUGUCCCCAGACGACGGUUUGCGGCGUUCUGAGGGGGACGGCGAGGCCGAAAUUGGGGGCGAACAUAAACCUGGGUUGCUUCUACCUUGUGGGCAUGCCCGUUGCGGUGUGGUUGGGGUUCUUUGCAGGGUUUGACUUCAAAGGGUUGUGGUUGGGGAUGUUGGCGGCGCAGGGAUCUUGUAUGAUAACAAUGAUGUUCGUGUUGGCGCGGACCAAUUGGGAGGGUCAAGCUUUGAGAGCUAAGGAACUCACUUCAUGUGAUUCCAACGAGGAGAAAAAACUGGUGCAGGAGGAAGAAGAAGAAGAAGAAGAGAAAGAGGUUGAGGAAGGUUUUUUGGGAUCAUGUGCCACCAAAGAAGCCUCUGAGUUAGUUGUUUGAUUGGUAAUGAGUAACAACAACAACUCAUCACAACAUUAUCGCAGGGAUUAAUGGUUUAUUAUAUUCAAGAUUCAUGAUAUAUAGAUAGAAAGAUCAUUCUUCUAUACAGUUGAUUAUUCUUUUGUUGGAAAAGCAAAAUCAAGGACAGGAUCUAUGAAUUGAAUUUAAAUGUAUAAUACUCUUUCUUCAAAAUUGUUUCGAUUAACAACA